AUGUCCGAAUACCCGCCCGAGACCACGCCCGGUGAGAGUGGAAGGUUGAAAGGGGUCAUCAAGGACUGGGCGCUUGCCAAUGGCUUGACUGUGCGACCCCCUCCGUCGCUUCAUUCGGCGAAUGCGGACCCUGCCGGGAUCCUCGCAACACCGGUUUCGCUCACUCUGUUCCCGAGCCCCUUCCCCCGAGCCUGCUUCGACCAAGCGGCCACGUUCCAGAAGACGUACAACAAGCUCUAUGCGUCUAUCAGCCAGGAUGAAGAGUUCCUGGCUCGGGUUGUGAAGGAAAUCGGUGAUAGCGACGACUUCAUAACUGAAUUAUGGAGGGUCCACCUUCGGGUCAAGGAAGAGGGUUAUGUCCAGCACAAAUGCCUCGGCCUCUUCAGGUCCGACUAUAUGGUCCACCAAGAUGGGGCCGGAUCCGCCCCCAAGAUCAAGCAGGUCGAAUUUAACACGAUCGCCUCCUCAUUCGGAGGCCUCUCGUCGCAGACGUCUCAACUCCAUAAAUAUCUAGCCUCGACGGAGUAUCCGCUCUUGGAGAAGUCGAUUAAGAGGGGAACGUUACAGUUACCAGCGAACGGGAGCGCCGGCGGGUUGGCUGCGGGCAUCCGGCACGCGUUCGUCGAAUACGGGACGCCGUCUACCGGCUACCAGAAGUGUGUCAUCUUCCUAGUGCAGGGGGGUGAGAGGAACAUCUUCGACCAACGUCAUCUUGAAUAUGAACUCCAAAAGUACGAAGAACCACAGGUGCCCGUUUUCCGGCUUCUGUUCUCGGAGAUUUUGCAGUGCACGAGCCUCGCCGACGGCCUGAGGCGCCAACUGUUGUACCACCCCCCCGAGUUUCCCGCUCAUACGUUCGAGGUUGCCGUCGUAUAUAUGCGGUCGGGCUAUGGACCGGGAGACUACCCGGACCAGUCAGCCUGGGAAGCUCGGUACCACCUAGAGAGAUCGGCAGCCAUCAAGUGCCCGACCGUGCUGACGCAGGUUGCCGGCACGAAGAAGGUCCAGCAGGUCCUGACCACACCCAAACCGCCGUCAAGCCCGUCGAUACUCGGUCGCUACCUACCCGACGAGGACUCCGCAUCGACAUCCAGCGUGAGAAGCACCUUUACCAAUAUCUAUCCCCUGGAUGAGACGACAGCCGGCGUCAAGGCCCGGCAGAUCGCGACCGACCCCGAGCUCUGCAAGGGCUAUGUCCUCAAGCCGCAACGAGAGGGCGGCGGCAACAACAUCUACCGCUCGGCGAUACCGGCGUUUCUCAAGUCCAUCCCUGAAGCUCACUGGCCGUCGUACAUCCUAAUGGAGCUGAUCACGCCGCCAGCGGUCAAGAACACCAUCCUGCGCAACGGCAACCUAGAGCGGGGCGGCGUCAUCUGCGAGCUCGGCGUCUACGGAACCUGCGUCUGGGACCAGCAGUCUAAGAAUAUCCUGCACAACGCGCAGGCAGGCUAUCUCUUGCGCACCAAGGGAGACCAGAGCGAGGAAGGCGGCGUCGCCGCUGGGUUCGGCUGCAUGGACAGCUGUAACUUGGUCUGA